UUUAGGGUUCUUCGUAGCUAUGGAGGACAAUCGCGUGGCGGGAUUGCGCUUCCACUCUACGGCCGGUAUCCAGGAAUUUCUCGAUGCCGCCAGUAGCUCGGCGUCGCUGCUGCCCGAUCGCGUCUCCGAGCUCGCUCUGAGGUACAAGGAUGCGUCAGUGGUGCCGUAUCAGGUCAUUCGCGAUGUGUGGAGUAAUUUUUCUCCCGAGGCGCGGCCGAGCUUCCGUCGAUUGCUGGAAGGGGCUACAUUCGCCUUCCAGUCCCCUAAGCCGAGAGAAAAGCCCAGGGAGCUACAAGAACGUCUUCAAAAGCUACAAGAGCUAGCAGAUCAAAAGGCUUACAAAGAUCUAGUGAAAGACGUGGUGAAGGAGAACGAAGAGAUGGUUCCACUCUCCACCUACAAAGAUCAAAUUGGUUUCGGUCUUCAUGUGAUUGUCACAAUGUUCACUGGCUUUCUCUUGGGCUUUGCGUUGUUUAGAUCCCAGUUUGAGGAAUCCGUGGUCCUGCAUGUCGCAGGGGGCCUGAUCGGCCUUUUUGCUGGGAUGAUCCUGGAGACGGUUCUCUUCAUUGUUCGUGACUACCAGUACCAAAACUCGUCGAAAUUCAAGAAGAGGAUCAACAGAGAUGCAGUACGAAACGCUGGCUUCGAAAAGAAGAGACAGUAGGGAUCAUUCAGCGCAUGAAGUUGGUGGAUUGAACGGUGGUUUACAGAUCUUCGAGUCCAAAAUACGUUUUUUGGCCUACCACCUCUGCAUGUUUUGCUUAUCAAUCAUCCCUCGAAGAUGAUCUUCACUGAAACUUCUAGCUUGUCAAAACAAAACAUCUUUUGUCAAAACUUCGCUCCAAUAAAUCUGAAAGAGAAUGUUUUCUGGAUGGAUGGA